AUGUUUCCAAAGAUACCUUUAUUAUUUAUAAUUAUUUUUCUCGCAAAAUGUCAGGACUUAGAAACAAUUGAAAAAGAAAAUGCCUGCUCAACUCUAAAUGAAGCACUACAAAAAGAAUUUAAAGAGAAACUAGAAGAAGCAAUAAAAUCAAAGCCUGCGCUCAAUAACAGAGAUCUAAGAUCGAAACUUCUAGAAAAGACUUUCAUUGCCUGCAUAGAAAGCAUCACUUAUGAUCAAGCCAAAGAAAUAAUGGAUGAAUCUCUGGUUUCUUAUCAGAAAUUCAUUCACCUAGUCCCUCUCUCUGAAAUCAACGACCUCAAGUCAUCUGCAGAUUUAAUGCUCAAUAAAGAUAUCAAAAAUAGAAGAAGCGCUAUCAAAGAGAGACUAAAUCGUAUUAAAAAAGAGCGAUUGAGAAAGAAGAGAGAAGAUCUUUAA